AAUGCUCAACUAAUAGACCUAAUAGACUCAAAUAAAAGCAAAAAAAGAAAGGAGAUAUUAGUUAACCAGGAAUACGGCAUGUUAGAUUAUGAUAUACAAGAGAAAUUAAAGUCGCAGCAGUACAAAACUAAUGUUCAACCAAGAAAAAGAAGUGUGAGCCCAAUAGAAAAGAAAAGGGAAAUCAAGAAAACCUGCAAAAAAGAAGAAGAUAUAGUCCAAGUAUUCGACAUACCUGAAGUACACAAUACAGAAUCACGGCCUGUUAAAUCUACUAAUAAAAAUCCAACAGUUUCGCCUCCAGCAAAAGAGGAAGAUCUAGGAAUUGUUCACUUAAACAGGAAAGAGAAA